AUGCAGCGGGAAGCUAAGCACCAGUACGAAAACAAACUAGCAAGAGACAUCAAAACAAAACCUGAGAGGUUUUUUGCUUAUGUACAGUUCAAGGGAACCACACGUGCAAGUGUUGGAACCUUGGAGAUGGCGAACGGUAACAUAGCCAGUACAGAUAAGGACCGAGAUGAGACGCUGAUGGACUACUUCAAAAGUAUCUAUCGUUCUUCCCAGUGUGAUGGAGCCUGGAACCCUCUGGUGGAUACCAUUGGAAACGACCUGCAGAUGUUAAUCGUGAGUGGGGAGAAGUUACGAGCCGAGCUCAAAAGCCUGUCCAAGCAUAAGGGGACGGGUCCGAAUGAGAUCCACCCAGCUAUUGUCCAGCCACUAGCUGAGUUCAUACCAGGACCUGUCACUGAUUUGUUUAAGGCAUCACUGAACUCCGGGGUAGUGCCAGAGGACUGGCGGAAGACAACCGUGGUAGCAAUAUACAAGACGGGGUCUAGACAGAAGGCGGAAAACUACAGGCCGAUAUUACUCCCUCGUGGAGAGUCGGAAGAAGCAUUACAUUCGCAGGUGAGUCGGUCCACAGACGGAACCCGCCAUUACCAGGACACCCAACAGGCGAAGUCCUCUCUUCGUCCUGUGAUUUGA